AUGGAGGAUUUAAAAUCAAUAUGUGAAGUUGAACAAAAUUCUUUCUGUGUGGAAUUACUCAAGCGACUCAACUUGCAACGAAACCAGAAUUAUUUGUGCGACAUAACCUUGGUGGCGAAAGAAGGAGACGAGUUCAGGGCCCAUAAGAAUGUGCUGUCGGCGGCGAGUCCGUUCUUCGUGAAACUUCUUCAGAGCGAGAUGAGAGAGAAGGACGAAGGAGUCAUUAGGUUCGAGGACAUCUCAGUGUUGAUCCUUGCAGAUGUUUUGGAGUUUAUCUACACAGGAAGUGUCGAGAUAAAUGAAACGAAUACCACUGAUCUGAUUAUUGCGGCGGAAUAUUUACUCAUUGAAGGGUUGAAAACCAAAUCAGGACGUUUUCUUGAACAACAAAUGACUAGCUCAAAUUGUAUUUCAACUUUUCGCUUCGCUGAGAAGUAUCGAUGUGAAGAAUUAGUUGCUAAUAGUACAAAGUUCAUACUCGACAACUUCGCCUCCGUAGCAGAAUCAGAGGAAUUCUUGAACCAAAAGGCGGAAGAGGUUGCUAAGUGGAUUUCAAACGACGAGAUUCGUUUAGCAGCUGAAGAAGACGUCGUCAGAAUCAUACUACAUUGGAUCGAGCACGACAAAAGCGAGCGAAAAGAUAAGUUCAAAAAGCUUUUUGGACAAGUUCGACUAGUUUUACUAUCGCGUGACUCUUUGCUAACUGUCACUACUCACGAACUGGUUCGAGAAGACCUUGAUUGUUUGACGAAAGUAUUGGACGCCAUAGAUGUAAGCGAGGAUACUAAAAAUGAGUCACCAAGAAAACGGCUUGAGACACACGCGAUUGUAGUCGGCGGAGCGCAUUAUCUUUUCCGUUACUUUCCAGAGAAAGACGAUUGGGAAACUUUGACCUAUCUCUCAGACCGGCAUGAGAAAAUCAGCCUGAACACGACGAUGAUAAACUUUCAUGACCAACUGUAUACCUUUCAUGGCUACCGAUUUCAAAGGUAUGAGCCCGUUUUUAGGAUUUGGACGACUUUGCCGACUAUGGACAUGGAUAUUUUGUAUUGCGGUAGACGAUAUGCGGGUGUUUGCCGAGGGCAAAUCUAUGUCAUACAAAUUGAUAGUAGUCAAACUAGCGGUGAAACAUCCACUGUCAGCACUGUGAAAAGCUUCGAUGUGGAAUCGUACUCAUGGCAGACUGUUCACUCCUCCAAUUUGGGCUGCAGGUAUGACUCUUGUAUUGUUGCAGCUGGUAACUGUCUUUAUGUUCUAGGUGGAGAAGCAACGAGAAAUUAUUCAAACCCAGAGUAUGUUACAGUGUCUGAAAGAUUCGACACUAUUGGACAUCAAUGGGUGCAGAUAGCGAAUAUGCAGCAGGAAAGGGGCCAUGCAUUUGGUGUAGCUUUUCGUGGCCAAAUUUUCGUCGCAGGAGGGAAGGACAAGAGCGGACAAGAUCUUCGUAGUUGUGAGGUGUACAACAUCUCCACAAAUGAAUGGCAGUUCAUUGAAAGCUUAAAUGUUGGACGUGUGUCUGGGAGCAUGGUGUGUGUGAAUGGAACAAUUUAUGUCCUAGGUGGUUUCCGUACAGGUUAUUUAGGAGGGCAUGAAUACACAGUUGAAGUCUAUGAUCCAGUGGGGAACAAAUGGACCCAAAAGACAACCAUACCGGCAGAAGGAUACUGUAGAAAACAAAAGACAGCAUUUAUAGGCUGUGCACUGAAACUCUCAAGAGGAGUCCUUGGUAAAAUUAAAUAA